UUUCUUCUCUAUUCAAUCACGAUCCCACCUGGUAACUGGUAAGCACUUUUUUCCUUAAUGUCCCUUUGAAUAGAUUCGCCUAUAAACUCUCCUCGCCUAAUUCUUAUCUUUCGAAAGUUGAGACCUUUAAGCCUCAGUUUCCUUUGGGUUUUGUUCAUUCUAACCUAACCCUUUUCACUAUCUUCUCAUUUGGUCAUUUCAUUACAAGUGCACAUAUUUGCAUAUUUUGGUUUUGGGUUUUUUCUUUUGUAUAUGAAUGAAGAACUAUUGGGUUAUAGAUUUUAUAUAUAAAUAAAUAAGCUUCUAACCUUUUGCAGGUGAUAUCUGGUACACUAUGGUAGGUUAAUGCUUUAUACUGCUCUAAAAGCAAGUAGAUUCUUCUACCAGCCUAGGGUAACCCUUGGUUUGUCCAUUACCAUUAGUGAUUCUGUUCAUCAUUCAGGAUUUUGUUCAAUGAAAGAAAUCGAUUCUGAGGUGAAUUCUAGUUUGUGUACUCUUGCCCCCAGUACAGAACCCUGCAUCACAGAUUCUUUAUCAGUUAGUGGGAACCGUACCACGUCAUCUAUAAGUGUACAAUCCACCCCUGAAAUUGAAAAGAAGUUUGUGCAUCAUGUUUAUGAUGCUAUUGCUCCACAUUUCAGUUCCACCCGGUUCGCCAAGUGGCCAAAGGUUGCUGCUUUUUUGUCAUCAUUGCAAUCUGGAUCACUUGUUCUGGAUGCAGGAUGUGGGAAUGGAAAAUACUUAGGUUUAAAUCAUGAUUGCUUUUUUAUAGGAUGUGAUAUAAGUCCUUCCUUGAUUAAAAUAUGCUCAGAUAGAGGGCAUGAAGUUUUGGUUGCAGAUGCUGUGAAUCUUCCGUACAGAACUGGUUUUGGUGAUGCAGCAAUAUCUAUAGCUGUGUUACAUCAUUUAAGCACUGAAAAUAGAAGGAGAAAAGCAAUAGAAGAAUUGGUCAGAGUUGUUAAAAAGGGUGGUCUUGUUCUGAUUACAGUUUGGGCUGUAGAACAAGAGGAUAGUUCGCUGAUUACAAAAUGGACUCCACUGACGGAGAAGUAUGUUGAGGAGUGGGUCGGACCAGGAAGUCCUCGUGCUCGGCCCCCCUCAUCCUUAUCAUUAGAAAGUAUUCCUGAAAGUGAGGAGAGUGGCUCUGGUGAGCUUAUGAAAGUUUGCAAUGAGUCAAGAGCAUCAAGAGUUUUUGAGGAAGAAAUAAAUAUGAAGAAUCAACAGGAAUACUUUGUUCCUUGGCAUUUACCUUAUCAUCGUGCUGAAAUAAGUGGUGCUUCUGCCCAUGCUCUUGCUGCUGGUCUGGCAACUAAAGAUGACAAAAAGGGUGCUGUGGUGUAUAAUAGAUAUUAUCAUGUUUUUAGUGAAGGCGAACUUGAAAGUUUGACAACUGGAAUAAACAAUGCUAGAAUUGUUGAUCAGUUUUUUGAUAAAUCCAACUGGUGUAUUAUUCUUGAGAAGACGAUAUGACUAAGAAAGAAACCCAUUUGAUAUCUCACGGAACAAAAUUGGGCUGCCACUGCCUCUAGACAUCUGUCCAACGUAUCAUCCUCAAGCUGGUAUAGCAGGAAGGAGUGUAGUAUAACAGCUUUUACACCAUUUAUCCUGCAACUUAACUUUGUCUGGCUUCUAGCUUGCUGUCAAUAAUAAAAAAAUGGACAGCUGCAGAGCUUGGACGUAAAUGAUUCUCUAACCAUUAAAGCUACCACAAGUUAUUGUUUUUAUUGUUCUUUUUGCAAAACCCAAUUUUGGUUGUAACAAUAGGGCAUGAAGGACACCACUAUUAUGUGUGUUGGUGUUAUAGCUGGUACUCUGUCUACCCAAACAAUGCUGAACAUCUUUUAGCCACCUACAGGAGCGUUUUUACAAUGAUUUCAUGUAUUGAGCAAUUUAGUUGAUGGUUGGAUCCCACUACUUUGUCAUGAUUUGCUCUUUCAUUAUCAGUCUCAAGGGAAUUCAAAAUCUUACGAGGCUAGCUUCUAGCCCCUUCUUCAAUAUCCCUUUUGUGAUUAGGCCAUCGGCAGACAUGUGAGGAGGGUCUUUGGUUCCGUAGGUAGCAUAGAGUGCAUAAUAGUUGGAUUCCAAAAAGUAAAAAACACUGCGCAAUUUAAAACAUGAACUUGUAUUUACAUAUCGAAUGCGGUAGCCAGAGCUGAAUGUUGCCUUAGACAGCGGCCAGGUUGUUGCAGUGAGCUACUUGUGAUUUUAUUAUGCCUUCGAUGCAGUGGUUGCUGCCCAAAUGUCUAAGAAGCAACAUUUGAAUAAAACUGACCGUUGCAAACGAGCCGCACCGUUUUCAAAAUUUUUUUAUCCGGCGUUUGUGCUUUAAGGCACUCGAUUGUCAGCUGCUCCCUACGUUGGGUGAAGGAAAAUCGAGAAGCUAUGGUUUCGCACUGUUUACACUCACCUAUGACUGUACGGCAAUAAAUUCGUUGCUUAAGUUCUUAUAUUCCACUUUUAGGAGUAAAGGAGAAAUAUGCAUGUUAUUGUUGCAAAGAUAAGGAGAAAAACUGUUCUUGUUUGAUUAUUGCCCGUCUUAAAAGUUGUCUACGUUUCCACUACAAAGUCAAGGACUAGAGGAGAAAUAUAUUUGUUAUUAUUGUGAACACAAGGAGAAAGAACUCUGAUCUAUUAUCUCACUUCUUGUUUGAUUGCCUGUUUUAAAAGUUUCGUAUAGACUCUAUCCAUU